AUGGCUUCCGGUUCCGGCGAAGAGCUCCACGGCCACGAGGAUGAGGACUACGGCGACGCGGCCACCAUGGAGGCGGUGCGGCAGCUGCGCGCCGGGUACGCCUGGGCGGACGUGGUGUCGUUCGAGCCGGCGUCGGCGGCAGGCCGCGCCGUGCGCGUGCGCGGCGCGGCGCAGGCGGUGCGCGCCGUGGGGCGGCGCGUGGCGAUCCUCGUGCUGCGGCAGGGGGCGGCCACCGUGCAGUGCGUGGUGUCCGGCGGCGAUGGUGGGAUGGCGCGGUUCGCGGCCGGUCUGAGCCGGGAGUCGGUGGUGGACGUGGCUGGCGUCGUGUCGCUGCCACGGGAGCCCGUCCGCGGCACCACCCAGCAGCUCGUGGAGAUCCAGGUGGAGAAGCUCCACUGCAUCAGCAGGGCCGUCCCUAACCUCCCGAUCAGCGUCGACGCCGCCGCGCGGAGCGAGGAAGAUGUCGCAAGAGCCAAAGCUGCCGGGGAGCAGCUUGUUCAUGUCGGGCAGGACAAGCGGCUGGGCUACCGGGUGAUCGACCUCCGCACCGCCGCAAACCAGGCCAUCUUCCGCGUCCAAUGCCAAGUCGAAAACGUGUUCAGGCAGGUGCUGCUGUCGGAAGGGUUCGUUGGCAUCCACACGCCGAAGCUGAUCGGCGGGUCGAGCGAGGGCGGCGCGGCGGUGUUCAAGCUGGACUACAACGGGCAGCCGGCGUGCCUGGCGCAGUCGCCGCAGCUGCACAAGCAGAUGGCGGUGUGCGGCGGCUUCGAGCGCGUCUUCGAGGUGGGACCCGUGUUCAGGGCCGAGAGCUCCGACACCCACCGCCACCUCUGCGAGUUCGUCGGCCUCGACGUCGAGAUGGCGCUCAGGGACCAUUACUCCGAGGUGUGCGAUGUUGUGGAUCGGCUGUUCGUCGCCAUGUUUGAUCAUCUGAACAAGAACUGCGCCAAGGAGCUCGAGGCCAUCCAGAGGCAGUACCCCUUCAAACCGUUAAAGUACUUGGAGACGACGCUGCGGCUCGACUACGACGAAGGCAUCCGAAUGCUGCAGGAAGCCGGUGUCCACGUUGACCCCAUGGGGGACCUCAACACGGCCGAGAAAAAGCUGGGCGAGCUUGUUCGAGACAAGUACGGCACGGAGUUCUACAUUCUCGGCCGGUACCCGUCGGCGGUGAGGCCGUUCUACACCAUGCCCUGCUCCGACGACCCACGGUACAGCUGCUCCUUCGACGUCUUCGUCCGGGGCGAGGAGAUCAUCUCGGGGGCGCAGAGGGUGCACGACCCGGAGCUCCUGGCGGCGCAGGCGGAGGCACGGGGCAUCGACGUCAGUACCAUCGCCGCCUACGUCAACUCGUUCCGGUACGGCGCGCCGCCGCACGGCGGGUUCGGCGUCGGACUGGAGCGGGUGGUGAUGCUCUUCUGCGGCCUCGGCAACAUCAGGAAGACGUCGCUCUUCCCUCGCGACCCCAGGAGGCUGGCGCCAUGACCCCAGCUCCAUGACCCUGUCAUGUGGACCCCCCGUAGUUACAUGGCACAAGACAUCUAACAUUGCAAGCUGUUUCGAGACUAGUGCAACUCAGGAUACAUCAUCAGUUGCACAAGAAGGGAGCAGCAGAAUCUAUGAAGCGACCUGAAACUAGCAGCUACAUUAUUCACCCCCAUUCGAUAUACAUUAUUGGAACUAGGAGCAGUCCAUGUACGUAGCUAAUUAUUCAACCUACUAGACUCGCAGAAGCUGAUUCAUGAGACAGGCCAGGCCUCCCUCCCUCCCAUUCGAGCAAGUAGCUAGACAGCAAGACAGUCCUUGGGGUGCCAAGGAAGAGCGACAAAGAGCCAUUCAGUCUAGUCUAUGGGGCGUUACUGCUUGCCAGCGCCGAGGACUCGGCACCGGUAUUCUCCCAGAGCCCAAAUCGGGAAGAUGUUCCUGUACUGGGAGUAACUGAGCAUGCAGUUCUUGUUGAAGACUCCUAUGAUCUCCUGUGUUAUGCAGAGCAAAAGGUUAUUCAUCGUC